AAGUAGCGUUAAUUUAGCGUAAUUCUUUUUAGUAACGAAAACAUUUGUAAUAAUAUAAUAAUUUUAAGAUCGCUAGAAAUUAAAUCACAUAUUGUAACUAAAAAUUAAUCAAAAAUUUUAUUGGAUUGAAAUGUUUGUUGUGCUACAUUAAAAAUACAUUAGAGCUGUCCAAAAUUUUUAAUGACAAAAUAUAAAUCUAUUAUAUAAUGUAUCUUUUACUUAUUAAACACAUUAAACAUUUAGAAUAGGAAUUUUGUUUUAAAAUAAUCUAUUUUUAGAGAUUCGUGAGAUUUAAAAACUAAAGUAGCAAAGAGCCAAAGAAUACAAAACUCGAUUAAGUUUGUUGAUUUGAUAAAAAAAAACGAUGUUUAUUACUAUAUUGCUAUUAUUCAUCCUUAUUAUAUUGGUGUGGAAUUAUUGUGCACAUUAUGGAAAAAACGGGCGACUUAUCAAUCUUAUACCAGGACCACCAGGUUAUCCAAUUGUUGGAAAUAUCUUGCAAUAUUUUGGUUCUCAAGAGGAACAAUGGAAGAUUUUGAUUAACCAUACUAAACAAUACUGUCCCAUUUUAAAAAUUUGGGUAUUCUUUAAGCCUAUUGUCUCCAUAUUUCAUCCGGAUGAUCUAGAGACAAUACUAAGCAGCACAAAACAUAUCGAAAAGACAGUGUUUUAUCAUACUCUACAACCUUGGCUCGGUACUAGUAUUCUCACUAGUGAAGGCGCCAAGUGGCACUCACGACGAAAGUUGUUAACUCCCACAUUUCAUUUUAACAUAUUGCAGCAGUUUGUUAAGAUUCUGAUCGAGGAAGCCGAAAAAAUGACAAAAUCCUUGAAAAAUACAGAAGGCAUAGUUGUAAAAGAUUUAAUACCGUUUGUUAGUAAACACACGUUAAAUGCAAUAUGUGAAACUGCCAUGGGCACAUCAUUAGAAAAUCUUGGUGCACUCCAGCAACAGUAUCAGAAAGCGCUUUGUCGCAUGACUGAACUUUAUUAUUAUAGAUUAAAAUGGCAAUGGUUGUACUUCGAUUGGAUAUUGUCGUUAAUUCCAAAAUGCAGAGAACAAACCAAGAUUGUGAAGAUAUUACAUGAAUGUACUGAAAAAAUUAUUGCUGAAAGAAAACUUUAUCACGAACGCACUAAUGGUCAGCACUUAAAAAACUUCGAUAAUGAUAUAUCAGAAGAAAAAGAUGACGCAGAAACGUCUGGAAUGCGAAAAAAACGACUUGCAAUGUUGGAUCUUCUAAUAGCAGCAUCUCGUGAGGGUCUAAUGACUGAUUUGGAUAUUAGGGAGGAAGUCGACACUUUUAUGUUUGCGGGCAGUGAUACAACAUCGACGAGUAUAAGCUUUCUUUUGGCACUAUUAGCUGAGCAUAAAGACAUUCAGGAUCGUGUUAGGAAUGAAAUCGAUAUUGCUAUGCGAGAGAAUGAAUACAAAUUUACUUUGAAAUUGCUGCAACAACUAUCAUAUUUAGACAGAUGUAUAAAGGAAGGGUUACGCCUGUAUCCCGUCGCAUUUGCUAUAUCACGCACUACUACAGAAGAUGUAAAAUUACAGUCAUAUUUAGUACCAUCUGGAACACUUUUGUAUCUUUAUAUUUACGGAGUUCACAGAGAUCCCAAUUUUUGGCCAAAUCCAGAAGUGUUUGAUCCAGAUAGAUUUUUGCCUGAGAAGAUCCGAAAUCGUCAUCCUUACUCAUAUGUACCAUUCAGCGCUGGACCACGUAACUGCAUCGGUCAACGAUAUGCAAUGCUGGAAAUGAAGGCGAUGAUAGCCUCUCUGAUAUACGAUUUCUACUUGGAGCCUGUUGACUAUUUAAAAGAUCUUCGACUACUGAUGGAUAUAAUACUUCGUCCUGCUUAUCCACUUCGUGUAAAAUUUGUUCCUAUCCGUAAAAUUAAUGUGUCUUUGAAUCAAAUUUCGAUUUAAAAAAUCCUUCAUAAAUAGCAAAACCUGCUAUUAACAGUGAUGUUCUCCGGAUAAUUUGUCGUAUUUAUUACGACGAUUUUGUAUCACUUUCGGGAGCGUCUUACAAUCGGUUGAAUAUGAUUUCUUUUACGAAAGAAAGACUUGCUUUAAUAAAUAAUUCUUAUGUAUACAUUUAACUACAAUUAUAUGAUUUAUUUUUAACUGUGUAACAAUUAAUACGCACACAUAUUAUAAAUUAACAUAUUUAAUUAUCAUGUAAUUUACAUAUGCGUUAAUUUGUAGGUGAAUAAAAAUAAAAUAAAUACUAUAUAAGCUAAAA